GUGAGAAAAGAGAUCACAGCAAAACUCCUCCAACCAUGUCGUUCAAUCCAACCCAUAUGAUGGACCAACAAACGGCGGCGGAGCGGGCGGUUUCCGUUAUCGGCUUCGGGUACGACUUGACCACCGAUAUCCGGCUGUCAGCCUGCAAGCCCGGGCCUUCGGGCUCCGGACUGAUCGAAAUUCAACGGAGCUCCACCAAGGACUUGGUCCUGCCCGGCGGCGUUGUUGUUCCCAACGUCUCCACCUCCAUCAAGUGCGACAAGGGUGAACGCACUCGGUUUCGCUCUGAUGCUCUCUCCUUUAGCCAGAUGUCAGAACAAUUCAAUCAGGAACUGUCUUUAUCUGGUAAAAUACCUUCUGGUCUAUUCAAUGCAAUGUUUGGCCUCAAGGGGUGCUGGCAAAAGGAUGCUGCUAGCACAAAACUUCUUGCUUUUGAUGGUUGGUUCAUUUCCUUGUAUAAUGUUGAGUUGGUGAGGAGCCAAGUAACUCUAUCUGAGCAAUUGAAAAGAGAAGUUCCUUCUUCAUGGGAUCCAGCUGGCCUUACUGAAUUCAUUGAAAAGUAUGGGACCCAUAUCAUUAUCGGUGUAAAGAUGGGAGGAAAGGAUGUAGUUCACAUAAAGCAGCUUCACAACUCAAACCUUGAGCCUGCAGAAGUGCAGAAGUUGUUAAAACAGUUGGCUGAUGAAAGAUUUUCAGAUGACGUAAAUGGAAACACGAUAUCAAACCCUAACAAGUCUACAGAAAGGCAUAAGGAUCGAACAUCUAUGCUUUGGGAUUCCGGUUUACCAGUUGCAAGUUCAAUAAGACCCACUAUUCUGUCACACUCAAAGAAUGAUGACAUAAUAAGCAUUCAUAACCGUCGGGGAGGUAUUGACUAUGACCAAAGUCAUAGUCAAUGGCUGCUUACAGUAUCACAGAACCCUAAUGUUAUUUCAAUGUCCUUUGUGCCUAUUGCUUCAUUAUUAAGUGGUGUUCGUGGCAGUGGAUUCUUAGGUCAUGCAAUUAACUUAUACCUGCGCUACAAACCACCAAUCGAAGAACUUCAACAAUUUCUGGAAUUUCAGUUACCUCGGCAGUGGGCACCAGCAUAUGGUGAUCUUCCUCUUGGUCACCACCACAGGAAACAGAGUUCUCCAUCUUUGCAGUUCACUUUUAUGGGUCCAAAACUAUUUGUAAAUACUGAGAAGGUUGACUCAGGAAACCGGCCUGUCACCGGCCUUCGCUUAUACCUUGAAGGCAAAAGGAGUGAUCACCUAGCCAUACAUCUACAGCAUUUGUCAACCGUUCCACAAAGUCUGCAACUAAUGGACAAUCUCACCUACGAGCCUGUUGAUGUGAAAACUGAACGGGACUAUUUUGAACCCGUAAAGUGGAGCAUAUUCUCACACAUUUGCACGGCUCCGAUUGAGUACCACGGGACCGGGAGAGAGGAUUUUGCUUCAAUAGUGACCAAGGCUUGGUUCGAGGUAAAGGCGGUUGGCAUGAAGAAGGUUUUGUUCAUGAGGCUCGGGUUCUCUAUGGUGGGGUCCGCCCUGAUCCGCAGAUCGGAGUGGGAUGAACCACUGAGUUCGGGUCGGAAGUCAGGUUUGAUCUCAAUGCUCAUCACUACACCUUUCAGCACAACGAAGCUCACACAGCCCGAUAAAGCUUUAAAGGUUGAUUUGAACUCGGCCGUUUACCCCGGUGGACCUCCCAUGCCAGCAAGGCCUCCAAAGAUGACACACUUUGUGGAUACAAAAGAAAUGGUGAGAGGGCCGGAGGAGUCACCGGGGUAUUGGGUGGUUAGCGGUGCAAGGCUCUUUGUGGAGGACAGCAGGAUAAGAAUCAAAGUGAAGUAUUCCCUGCUGACCAUAACAACGGAGGACUCAAUCUUGACAUGAUAGAAAGGAAAAGUUCAUACUUUGUACCUAGCUUGUACAUUGCUGUGUGUACUAUUAUUAGCAUAUGUGUUUGUUAAUGCCGUUGUGGGGAUAGAUUGAUUGGGUGAUGGUAGCAAGAUGUUCUUUUGUCAAAAUCAAGUGUUGUGAUAGUUGGUAGUAUGUAAAGAAUCAGCACAAAGUCAAACUAAGCAUUCAAUUGCGGAGCGAGGCCUAUUAUGGUAGCUCCAGUUCAGAGAAAAGAAAAGACUAGGGUUUUCUUUUU